AUUCUCUAUUUCUUUAAGGAUAUUUAUUUUAUACAAGAUAAUAAAACUAGAUCACCAAAAGGUAAAAUUUGGGAAUAUUUUCAAGAAUGCAAACGUUCAGUACGCAAAGCUCAAACCUUUAAGUCUAGACAGGAAAUUUUGAAAAAUGAUUGUUCUAUAAGUGAUGAUGAAGAUGUUUCAAAUAAAAGUGAAGAUUGGUCUGAUAUGGAAGUGUUAUGUUCGCGUAUGAAGCAUAUAACCGAUGAAAAAGAAUUAUUUGAAAAAUGGAAAGAAUCAUUUGCUUUUAGACGUCAUCAAUUGCAGACUGGUUGGUUUAGUAAUUGGAAGUUAUAUUUCGAUGAAUAUCCAUUUUGUAAACAACAAAAUUAUGCAGAAUUUAUUGAAUCUGAUUUACAAAUGCUUUAUCCUAAACUAAAGUUUAGUGAUGUUUUAUGGAAUGAAUUUAUGGAAAAAUUUCCAAAAUUCUUUUUGAAUCGUAUUAAACAUGUUAAAUCCAAACAAUUAUUAGAUCAACUCAUUGCUAUGGAAAAUAUGACAUCGUAUAAGGAUUAUGUUGCCAUUAAAGUUUUCGAUAUUUUACACGCCAUUCUAAACACAUUUAACAACAAAUCACAAAAUAUAGAAGAAGCCCAACGCAAGUUUUCCGUUGAAGUAGCCGAUUUAUCUGAUCUUAAGAAAGUCGUUAUAGAACGCAAAAGAUAUUGUACCGAUAAUAAUAUACAAGCUAAACCCUAUAUAGCUGUUGUGGGUAAAAAUAAAACCUAUAGUAAUUUUUCGGUUAUUUUAGAUUCAACUGGUUUUAGUUGUGAUAAUUAUAAGGAUUCUUUGAUUUUAUGUUUUAAUUUAUAUCUAUUUUUUGAAAUUAGUUUUCCUCUAGAAUCUUUAAAUGUUUGGACAUUUAUACAGAAAUAUUUCUUUAAUAAACCACCUUUAGUUAGUAAUCAAAGAGUUGAUAGUUUUAUCAAUGAAAUAAAGGAGAAAAAAAGAAAUACAUCUAUGGAUAAAUGACAGAGACGUUUACGUUGUAAUAAGUAAAAACUAAAUUAUAAGUUGUAAGAUAUAAAACACAAAUGAAUAAAGUUGUUUUUUAUAAUUAUUAUUAUUAAUUUUAAUAAAUUGGCGAUUACAAAAGAUACAUGAUAAAAAUCUCAUUUUUAAAAUAAAAGUAUGAAUAUUUAUAUAUUUUUUUAUUUAAUUUUUACUCUUACA